AUGAAUACAUCAAAUAAUAACGACUCCACAAGCACCAAUAGCAAUAAAAAUGCCUCUCUAAGCCCGACGGUAGCCACUAACAGUGAUGCCAGUGUGGGCUCAGGUAGAGCAAGUCAGGACAAUAGCCAUUUGGGAAGUAGUAUAUGGAAUCCAUCAUAUGUGAAUCAAAGCUCUCAAAGGCAUCCACAGCAACAGCAACAGCAACAACAGCAGAAUUCCCAAUUUUGCUUCGUUAAUCCAUGGAAUGAAGAAAAAGUAACGAAUUCUCAACAAAACCUGGUCUACCCUCUUCAAUACGACGAUUUAAACAGUAAUGAAAGUUUAGAUGCCUACAGACGACGUAAAUCUAGUCUCGUUGUACCUCCGGCUAGAGCACCUGCUCCAAACCCUUUCCAGUACGACAGUUAUCCUGCUUACACGAGCUCUAAUACGAAUCUACCAGGAAACAGCAGUGGCCAGUAUCCUUCUGCUUAUCAGCAGCAACAACAACAACAGCGGCAACAACAACAUGCAUACCAGCAGGGCACCAUACCUCCCUCUCAAUUCGGUUCCAGGUUUGUGCCCUCUCUUUACGACCGUCAAGAAUUUCAGAGAAGGCAAAGUCUAGCUGCAACAAAUUAUUCGUCCAAUUUUUCUACCUUCAAUUCAAAUGCCAACCAAGGAACAAGUUCAAUACCCGUGAUUUCACCCUACAGAAGACUUAGUGCGUAUCCUCCGAGUACAAGUCCCCCAUUACAGCCUCCUUUUAAGCAGUUGCGAAGGGAUGAAGUACAGGCCCAAAAGUUAUCUAUCCCUCAGAUGCAACCUUGCAGUUCUAAAAAUGAUCUCCAACCUGUCUCAAAUGCAACUCCAAAGUUCAGACGUGCCUCACUAAAUUCUAAGACAAUUUCCCCUUUAAUUAGUGUCACAAAAAGCUUGAUUACCACAUAUUCCUUAUGCUCUCCUGACUUCACCUACCAAACGUCUAAAAACCCUAAGAGAGUACUCACAAAACCCAGCGAGGGGAAAUGUAACAAAGGGUUCGACAACAUAAACAGUGACUAUAUUCUUUAUGUAAAUGAUGUUUUGGGCGUAGAGCAGAAUAGAAAGUACCUUGUACUUGACAUUCUGGGACAAGGUACAUUUGGCCAAGUGGUCAAAUGUCAAAAUUUGUUAACUAAAGAAAUUUUAGCAGUAAAAGUAGUGAAAUCAAGAACAGAGUAUUUGACCCAAAGUAUUACAGAAGCAAAAAUUCUAGAGCUGUUAAACCAGAAGAUAGAUCCUGCUAAUAAACACCAUUUUUUAAGAAUGCAUGACUCGUUUGUUCACAAGAACCAUUUAUGCUUGGUUUUUGAAUUACUAAGUAAUAAUUUGUAUGAAUUGUUAAAACAGAAUAAGUUUCAUGGGCUGUCUAUACAACUUAUCAGAACAUUCACCACUCAGAUAUUAGAUUCCUUAUGCGUGUUGAAGGAAAGCAAACUAAUUCAUUGCGAUUUGAAGCCUGAGAAUAUUUUACUUUGUGCCCCUGAUAAGCCGGAGUUGAAGAUUAUCGAUUUUGGCUCAUCUUGCGAAGAAGCUAGGACCGUUUACACGUAUAUUCAGUCUAGGUUUUAUCGUGCUCCUGAAAUCAUACUGGGAAUCCCAUAUUCGACCAGUAUUGACAUGUGGUCCUUGGGUUGUAUUGUUGCAGAGUUAUUUUUGGGAAUACCGAUUUUUCCAGGAGCUUCUGAGUAUAAUCAGUUAACAAGAAUAAUAGACACGCUUGGAUAUCCGCCAUCGUGGAUGAUAGAUAUGGGCAAAAAUUCUGGAAAAUUUAUGAGAAAGUUGACGUUAGAAGAAAGUGGAACAUCUACUCAAAAGCAUCGCAUAAAAACUAUUGAAGAAUUCUGCAGAGAAUACAAUAUAGUAGAAAAGCCAAGUAAGCAAUAUUUCAAAUGGAAAAAGUUGCCAGAUAUUAUUCGAAACUACAGGUAUCCUAAAAGCAUCCAGAACUCUCAGGAACUCAUUGAUCAAGAAAUGCAGAACAGGGAGUGCUUGAUUCAUUUUCUAGGCGGGGUACUUAAUUUAAACCCGCUAGAAAGGUGGACACCACAACAAGCAAUGCUGCAUCCAUUCAUAACAAAACAGGAAUUUACAGGAGAAUGGUUUCCUCCAGGAUCGUCUCUACCUGGGCCAUCGGAGAAACACGAUAAUGGGAAAGGCCAACAGAGGGACCACGGGGGCACAAGGCACUAUAAUAAUGCUGUAAACAAUAACUAUGUUUACAAUUCAAAUUCUUCCAGUGGUGGCGCUGAUAGUGUUGAUAUCGGAACUAUCAGUAAGAGAAAGGAGAACAUAUCAAGCGACUUUCCGAAUGAUUUUGUUGCCACUCAUUCUGUCCAAGAAGGCCCCACAAACGAGUUUAAUAAGCUUCACAUUGUCGAAGAAUGA